UGAAUUGGAUGGCUUUAUUACGCACGUAAUAUUCUGUCAAUAUUUCAUAAUUAAUCUUGCCUUUUUAUACGCAGGACAAACCACGGAAGUAGUUGCUAGUAGAUAAAAAGAAUCAACCAUGUCAAAAUAUUCAGACAACACACCUGAGAAUCCGUCACCAAUGGAUGCAGCUAUUCAACAACAAAUGAAAGGAGGUCGCUACCAGUUCACAGAUGAGGAGAAGCAGGCUUUACGUGAAUGUCGCUUUGAGAGUUUCUGGUACCGGUCCCUCCCUAUUGCCGCCUUUUCUGGAGGGUCCACACACAUGCUUGUUCAGAGAGGAUUGCUGAACCCCAGCAAACGCUUCGGUUCUUUCCCCAAGGUGGCCUUUGCCUCACUGUGUGGCUACGUCAUUGGCAAGAUGCUGUACGUGACGACAUGUCGUGAGAAGUUCCUGAAGCUCCAAAACUCUCCCUUUGCAGAGAUGAUGCGGAAAGGCAGAGGGGGCAUGUCGCCUUCCAAUUUCGGAGGCAUGGGCAUACCGGGAUAUGGCAGCGAACCAUCACCCGUGGAGGAAGAAAUGUCUGUUGAUGAUGCCUUUAAACCAGACACACCUUGGAGCGGAGGAUACGACCAAAAGUUGAACAUGGAUAUAGACACCAGUCAAGUCAAAGGGAUAGACAAUACCUUUGAUUCUGACCGCACGAUUCAGGGUGAGGAUGACGCGGCCGCUUCAAAGCGUGAAUUUACUGGAACCUACGAUGAGCUUCGAAAGCACCACCGAGCGAAGAAUGCACAGCAGUACACCCAGGUCCUUCCAGGUCAUUAUCAGCCUAGGUCUCCACCUGCUGGUGCUCCUCAGCAAGAUCAGCCAAGGACAAGGCCACAGCAACCGGUCCGAGAUGAUUUCAGUCUUGGUGCUCGCAACAGGAAUAAAAUGCAAAAUCAGUAUGGAGAUUCAUGGGAGAAAGAAUGAUGUUCAUGUUAUCAAUACUGCUUUGAUUCAGUACAAUUCUCUUGUGAAUGUAGAGAAUGAGCUUCCAUCAUUAAAUUAGUUGAUUCUUUUUCUGCCUUUGUAGAUAUAAAAGAUUGAUUUUAAACCAUCCAUAUAUACCAUUUUACAACUACAAACUAAGCAAAGACAAUUCUCACUAUCGCCAUUUACCCCCAAAUGCCCGGAUGUUCGACUCUUGAUUGGAAUUUCGAACCACUUACAGUACUUCUG